UCAAAACCUAAGAAUGAAGGCAGAUAUGGAGCCUAAUAGAAGAAAAGUGACUGAUAUAGAAGACUUUGAAGAUAUGAACGACACUUACAACCUUCCUGAUAAACUUAUAGUCUCUAAAUAAGGAGGCUGAGCAAGCUUCAAUAGACCUACUUGAACAAAAGAGCUUUAAUUAUGGAGAUGGAAAGGAGUUUAAUACUUUUGAUCCUUUUGAAGACUGAUCAAACAACAAAAAGAAAUUGGGUAAGAGCGAUAGAGAUAGCCGCAAUGUGAACCAGGAAUACCCCUGGGCACCACCUUAUGAACCCAAGACGGAAAUGUACUGCAGAAGAUGUUGAAAAUGGAUAAAUCUAAUCUGAUACCUAAAACACAUGGUCGCUCAUAUUCAUGAAAAAUAACUUCUUUGUCAAGCGUCUUGAGUCAGAUCUCAGUCAAACCUUAUGGGAUGAAGUGGGAGAAUUCAUUAACCGCCAAAAAUUCAAGGAUAAGAUCAGGCCUUAUAAAGAUCAGAUCUUAUCUCCGAGUGAGACAAAGGAUUUUGAGCUUAUAUUCCUUGUCUCACAGGCUAUGAAAUUCAGGAAGAAGACAUUUGAGCAAUAUUUACAUCUCUUGCCUAUAUAUCUGAAAGGGUUUAAAGAUAAAAGUUCAGGUGAAACUUUCUUGCUAGAUGAAAUCCCUCCAAUCAAGUAUACAAGAGACAGCGAGUAUAAUAAAACCUGAGGCGAAUGAGAAGAAGUUUUCAAGGAUGGUGACCAAAGCUUCCUUGCUUUCAUGCAAUAUGAGACAACUGCUUCUUAACAAGUUUAGUCAAUGGGUCACUUCCAGAAUGAAACCUAUGCGAAGGAGCGAAAUGGUCCAGAACAAUGUUUCAGAUUUCAAUAUAUUU